UACCUCUCUUAUCAAUAGACGACUUGUUAAUCUGAUUGACGAACUGACUGUCAGACUGAUAGUUGACAAAACCUAGUGUUUACAGCCAUGCCAAGUCGGGGAUAUACGUACAAGAGCUCUGGGACAAAUUCACAGGGCAAUCAUUAUUGUGCCCGCGAUUACGGAUCUUCUGCAGCAAACCAGAACUCCUAUCAUUACUCUAAUGCAAAUGGUUCAUACUAUUACAGCAACCCUGGCGGAAGCACGUACUACGACAGUGGCAAGGGCCAAUCGGUCUAUACUCCUCCUGAUGCAAAUAACUCUCAAAGCAAGUAAAAGUAUUGCUUGCCUUUAUGGCCGAUUUUCGAGAUGGGAUGGUUGAGAAAACGAUUUGACCAGCUCCUUUGAGUAUUUGUAGAUAUUAUGCAAAUACAGGAUAGUCAAUUUCUGGGUUACGCAUAUUUACACUAAAUUGGUCCUUCAUGCUAUGGGCCAUGUCCAACUAUCGAGUGACGCACAAAUUAUUCCUCAGUAAUUACCUUGAUCAUUGUAGAUCUUCUCAGGCAGUGUCUGGAAGACGAAGGACAUGCAUGGAGCAUCCGUUCUCGGACGGCUGUAAUGAGAUCGCAAAAAGAAAGAGGGCUAUAAGUCCACGAAAGAACAUGCCCACUUGAAGGCUUGUGCUGCGAGGACAUGCACGCAGUUCUUCCCUGUGCCCGUUAGGAAAAGCUUUAUGAUUCAUACUUUGUGAGUUUACUACUGGUCGCAGGCAGUUUCGCCGAUUCGUUAUUACCCGCCAAUGCUCCAACACUAUACUGGCGUGCGGCAUUAUCCAAUCAGAAUAUAAGAUUCGG